GUGGCAGCAAUGGUCAGCUCAAGUCACCUGCCGAGACAACAAUCUGAGGCGGUUUGAAACAGAAUGAGUUGCUAACAUGCCUGUGUACAACAUUUCACUUGCUGAAAUCAACCAAAGAUACGGCAUUAAACCAGAAUAUAAUGACUACACUCCGUUUUAUGUUGGGAUUGCCUUCUGUACCAUUAUUGGACUAGUUCUUAUUAUGGUAAAUUGGAUCUGCAGUUGCUGUCACGAGCAUUCUAAGUAUUGGAACGACCCAGAUACUGGCAACCGGUUUGCUUCCCUUAUCUUUGUCCGCACGCCCAAGCAGCGACCCAUGGAUGCUCUCUUCUAAAGAAUCUAUUAUUUUAAUGUUGGUUAUAAGAGUAUUGACUGUUUGUAUGCCUCUCCUCUUAUAGGUUGUGCAAAACCAAAUUUCUCAUACAUUGUGCAUCGUUCUCUAUCUGCCACUCAGAACCAGCUUGGAGGUUCUAUAUCUGUAGGAAGUGACUUGAGUUUGCCAUUAGUAAUAACAAUGGCAGUUCAUGCUGCUUGGCCCCCACUCGCAUGCUUGGCAAUGUUUGUGAUGGUCAUAGCUUUUAUAAUCAUAAAGUAUGGCGAUCGCCUCUGCCGUGCCCGCUCCGUACCUAGACCUCAAAAUUUUGAAUUAGAAGACGCCUCCUCAGAGAACACAAUGUCCUGCCUGUACGAUGAGAAGGGUGGCAGCAUUACACAUAUUGAG